GGCACCAAAAAUCGGCGAAAGUGCAGAAAAUGAGAAAAUCAAAAAUCUGAAAUUGACAAAAAGAAAACCCUUUCGUAUGCGAAAGUAGAGAGAUAAUCAACGAAUCGAGGAAAGUAAAAUUCAUCAAUGGGUCGAAUAGAUGUAGCUGCGGCGAAGAGAGCGUACCGGACAGCGAAGGAAGUGGGUAACCGGAGCGAAGAGGCGAGGUGGGCCAACAAUGUCGGCGACAUCCUUAAAAAUGAUGGAGAGUACGUUGAGGCUCUCAAAUGGUUUCGAAUCGAUUACGAUAUCUCCGUAAAGCACUUGCCUGGGAAAGAUUUGCUUCCUACUUGUCAGUCUCUUGGCGAGAUCUACCUCCGCCUCCAGGAUUUCGAAGAAGCCUUGAAUUAUCAGAAGAAGCAUUUACAGCUUGCUGAAGACAACGAUGACACUGUGGAGAAGCAACGAGCUUGUACCCAGCUAGGUCGUACCUACCAUGAAAUAUUCUUGAAGUCUGAGGAUGACUGUGAUGCCAUUCAGAGUGCUAAGAAGUACUUUAAGAAAGCCAUGGAACUUGCACAUGUUCUCAUGGAGAAACCACCUCAUGGAGAGUCUAGCAGCUUUCUUGAGGAGUAUAUCAACGCGCAUAAUAACAUCGGUAUGCUUGACCUUGAUCUCGAUAAUCCUGACGCAGCCUGCAGCAUUCUGAAGAAAGGGCUAAAGAUUUGCGAUGAAGAGGAGGUGAAAGAAUAUGAUGCUAUCCGUAGCAGGCUUCACCAUAACCUUGGGAAUGUUUUCUUGGAGCUGAGAAGUUGGAAUGACGCAAAGAAACACAUCAAAAUGGAUAUCAAUAUCUGUCAUAGAAUCAGUCAUAUCCAAGGAGAAGCCAAGGGGUAUAUCAAUCUCGCUGAAUUACACUACAGGACCCAAAACUACAACGAUGCACUUUCGUGUUAUGGUAAAGCCUAUUCUCUAGCGAAAUCUAUGCAAGAUGAGAGUGCACUGGUUGAACAGAUAGAGCAAAAUAUCAGUAUUGUGAAGACAGCCAAUGAAGUUAUGGAGGAAUCGACGGAAGAAGAGCUUAGGCUUAAGAAGUUGUCUGCAGAAAUGACUGAUGCCAAAGGCACUUCGGAGGAACGAAAGUGUAUGCUUCAAGUACAUGCUUGUCUUGAACGUCUCAUUGAAAAAUCCAGAAUGGUAUUUGCAUGGGAAAAGCAUCUUGAAUUUGGAAAAAGGAAGAAGAAAAUAGCAGAUGAACUCUGUGACAAGGAAAAGCUGAGUGAUGCCUUCUUGGUUAUUGGAGAGUCUUACCAAAAGCUCAGAAAAUUCAGAAAGUCCCUAAAGUGGGUCGGUAGAAGCUAUGAGGGAUACAAAGCAAUUGGUAAUGUGGAGGGUCAAGCACUAGCGAAAAUUAAUUUAGGUGAGGCUUUGGACAGUAUUGGCGAAUGGAAACAAGCACUCAAAGAAUUUGAAAAAGGGAACAGAAUUGCUCUGGAAGCCAAUCUUCUUUCAGUUCAGAUUUCUGCACUGGAACAUAUGCAUUAUAGCCAUAUGAUCAGAUUUGGGAAUGCUAAACAAUCCAGGGAGUUGCAGGAAAAGAUACAAAUUCUGAAGGAGUCGGAACAUCGCGAGAGGGCCGAAUGUGGUACAGAAGAUGAAUGCUCGGAAACCGACUCAGAAGGGCAUGGGAAGAUUUCUAAUGAUAGGCCAAAUGUAUGUAGGUCACCGGAACCUCAAACAUCAAAUUCAAUUAGAUCGGAAACGUUAGCAGACCUGGAUGAAGCAGAUGAUGACAUGCCACUAAUUUCAUAUCUCCCGCCUGGUAAACGUGUGUUCAAAAGAAAACAAUCAGCGAAACAAGAUGUUGACACUGACCGGACCAAGAAAGAUAUCUCUGCAGUAGCAGACUCUCAGCAGACUAUUGUUGGUCGGAAGCGGAUUCGUGUUAUCCUCUCUGACGAUGAAAGUGAAACAGAAUAUGAGUUGGGGUCCCCUAAAGGCAGUUUCCACAAAGUUCCAAGACAGAAUGAGGAAGUUUCUGAGGAAAGUAUGUAUUUUGAUGGUGCUCUUAAGGAUAAUACUGUCAUUCAAGGUAAUGUAGAAGAAGGUUUUUGCUCGUACUCACCUCUUCAUCCCAAAGCGGCACUAAAUGUCAGCAAUUGUCGACCUUUGAGCAAUAAUAAAGCUGUUGAAACAGCUGGUUGUAGUAAAAGAGGAUCUCAAUGUGAUGCUGGCGAUUCCAACAGCACGCAUUGCAAAACUGGAGCUAAUCUUGUGAAUUAUCACCCUCAUUCCAAAACUGAGAAUCAAAAAAUUGAAAUUGAAAUUGAAAAUGUUCACAUGGCUUUAGACUCGUGUUCUGGCAAUGAUGAGUCUGCGAAGGUGGAACUUACUUGCUUAUACUAUUUGCAGCUUCCUGAUGAUGAGAAAUCCAAAGGUUGGGUUCACAAGCGCCUGAUGAAACUAUACAUGGACUGUUGCCAGCAGUUGUCAGAGAAACCCAGUAUAAAAUUACUUAAGAAAUUAUAUAUCUCGGAGGUAGAGGAUGAUAUCAAUGUGUCAGAAUGUGAACUGCAAGAUAUAUCAGCUGCUCCUUUAUUGCGUGCCCUCCAUGUCCACAAUACAGUUGCUAUGUUGGAUCUCUCCCACAAUAUGCUAGGGAAUGGAACAAUGGAAAAACUGAAACAACUUUUUGCCUCAUCAAGCCAGAUGUAUGGUGCUUUAACUUUGGACAUGCACUGUAAUCGAUUUGGUCCAACUGCUUUGUUUCAGAUCUGUGAAUGCCCUGUCCUGUUCACUCGGCUGGAAGUCCUCAAUGUGUCCAGUAACCGACUUACAGAUGCUUGUGGGUCAUACCUCUCGACCAUCUUGAAAAAUUGCCGGGCACUUUACAGCUUGAAUGUGGAACAUUGCUCACUCACCUCUAGAACAAUUCUAAAAGUUGCUGAUGCUUUGGAUUCGGAGUCAGGACUUUCACAACUCUAUAUAGGUCAUAACAACCCUGUUUCAGGGAGUGCUAUUCAAAACCUCUUGGCUAAACUGGCUACUCUAAGCAGCUUUGUAGAAUUGAGCAUGAGUGGCAUAAAGAUGAGCAGCCAAGUUGUUGAUAGCCUUUCUGUACUUGUUAAGACUCCAUCUUUCUCAAAACUUUUGCUUGGCAGCUCUGGAAUAGGAACGGACGGAGCUAUAAAAGUCACUGAAUCUCUAUGCUACCAGAAGGAAGAAACUGUGAAGCUAGACCUUUCAUGUUGUGGACUAGCGUCUCCUUUCUUUCUAAAGCUCAUCCAAGAUAUUACUCUAACUUCUAGCAUUCUUGAGCUCAAUGUCGGUGGAAAUCCAAUUUCUGAAGAGGGAAUCAGUGCACUGGGGAUGCUGCUUAUGAAUCCUUGUUCAAACAUAAAAGUUCUGAUUCUAAACAAGUGUCAUCUGAAACUCUCUGGAAUUCUAUGCAUAAUUCAAGCACUUUCAGAUAAUAAGAAUCUCGAAGAGCUUAAUCUUUCCGAGAAUGCUAAGAUGGAUGAGACUGUGUUUGGCCAACCUGUGAAGGAAAGCUCAGAAAUGGGACAGCAAGAACAUGGUACAUGUGAAUCAGUGACAGCAAUGGACAAAACUCAAGGAGUUGAGACAAAACACCAUUACCAGAACCCAGACAAAGAACAAGAGUUGUGUGAAAGCACUAUGGAGUAUGCUGGUCUUGAAGUUCCAGACAGCGAAGAUGAGCAAAUAGAGGAACAAACUGCAACCUCGAGUAGUAUGAGUUUAUCACGCAAGAACCAUAUCGUAAAAGAGCUUUCGACCGUUCUUGCAAUGGCUAACCAAUUACAGAAUCUCGACCUAAGCAACAAUGGGUUCUCAGUUGAAGCCUUGGAAACAUUAUACUUGGCAUGGUCAUCAUCAGGAUCUCGAACCGGCAUAGCCCAAAAGCAUGUGAAAGAUGAGAUUGUCCAUUUUUAUGUCGAAGGAAAGAUAUGUUGUGGAGUCAAAUCAUGCUGCAGAAAGGAUUGAAAAAUCUUCCUUAAAGAUCUUCCUCGUCUGAAACUGUACUGUAUUUGCCAAUGUGAACUCUUCAGGAAUAAAGCCUCUCAUUAUUCUUCUGGUGCAACAGCUUUGUUAGAUUAAUGCUUGACUUCAGAUUUUUAAAAAUAAAACCUCAAUUAUUGUAACCGACCAUUGAGUAUUUAGACCGUUUCAGAAUCUUGUACAUGUUGAUAUACGAUUUAGGAGAUAAGUUUUUGUGGUGUAUGUAUAAAUGCUGAAGUUGAAGUGUUCAGUAGAGUUUAUCUGCUCAUGUACCAAUAAUACAGUAUGUACAAUAUGUUGAUCUUCGGUUUGGUUUUGGUAGACUUUUGGUCUGUAGUCAACUUAAAAACAUUGUAAAAUGUAUUUUUUAUAUAUUAAUAAGUAAAGUUUGGUCUGGUC